AUGCCGUCGUCACAGCUGAUGAAAUCAUAUCAGUUUGCAAUAGAAGAAAGGCUUACUCAAGCUAACUCAUCACUUGGGAGUAGUCCGAGCAGGUUUGUCAGAAACUAUUUUCUUGGCAUUUGUCAAGAGAGUCCCUCACUGUCUUUGUCUUCAGGAUCCGGUGGCUUUGGUUAUCUCUAUGAGAUUCAAUGGUGGACUGGACUGUUAACCAUGGGUAUUGGAGAGGCUUGUAAUUUUGCAGCAUAUGGAUUUGCUCCGGCAUCGAUUGUCACUCCUCUUGGUGCGCUGUCAGUUCUAGUCAGUGCUCUGCUGGCUGUUCGAUUCUUGAAUGAAAACUUGACUACGCUUGGCAAGAUCGGCUGUCUUCUGACUGUUGCCGGUUCGAUUAUUCUUGUGAUUCAUGCACCAAAAGACAAUGAUGUCACUUCUCUGUUAGAUUUUGCUAGAAGAGUCAGAUCUGCCGAAUUCGUUUUCUUCUCAUUAUUUACAUGUGGUGUCCUUCUCGUGUUGAUCUUCUACUAUGCACCUCGUUUGGGUACUAAACAUGUUUGCAUAUACAUUCUGAUUUGUUCUCUACUCGGUGCAUUCACCGUCACAGCUUGUAAAGGUUUGGCAAUAGGAUUGAAAGAAUUAUACAUGCACGAACACACAUAUUCAAUGUGGUUGACAUUGAUCUGUGCGCUGACGAUUGUUAGUUGUAUUUUGAUCCAAAUGNGUGUCCUUCUCGUGUUGAUCUUCUACUAUGCACCUCGUUUGGGUACUAAACAUGUUUGCAUAUACAUUCUGAUUUGUUCUCUACUCGGUGCAUUCACCGUCACAGCUUGUAAAGGUUUGGCAAUAGGAUUGAAAGAAUUAUACAUGCACGAACACACAUAUUCAAUGUGGUUGACAUUGAUCUGUGCGCUGACGAUUGUUAGUUGUAUUUUGAUCCAAAUGAUGUAUCUCAACCGAGCGUUAGAUCUGUUUUCAACACCAGUAGUAACAACGUGUAUUCUCAUAACAUCGGGUAUACUGUUUCGCGAAUGGCGUUUAUUGACAUUCGUGGAUGUUGUUGGAUUUGUUAUUGUCAUGUGUGGAUUGAUUUUGAUCAAUUAUUUGAGAACGAUGCCAGUGUCCAUCGACGCAGACUCUACAGAUGUGAACGAUGACUCUCUUCUUUCAUCGUUCUCGUCAGCUUCACAAUUUCUUGCACUUGGCUCAUGUGAUCCUGUAUCAACGAAACAAUCGAACUAUGUUCCAAUCAAAUCCUAUGCUGAUCUCUUGCAAAAUGAUGACGAAUUUCCAUUAAUAAAUGAAUGUGAUGUUCAAUCAUAG